UGCAGUUUAGGAGGGGUGUGUGUGUGUGUGUGUGUGUGUGUCGCUCGGCUUUAAGACGCUGUCAUGGCAGUGCAGUGUGCCAGAUGUGUGUGUGUCAGUAGCGCGCCUCUGGUCAGAUAGUUAAGACUGGACGCACAGCGCGGACGCUCGCGCUUCUUCUGCUCGCUUUUGAAACCGAAUCCACAGGGCACACCACACCGAACCGAACCGAACCGAACCGUGCGUCGUGGCCCCGUGCGCGCGCACACAUCCACGCAGGCACACAUACCGAAGGGAUUUUACGCGCAUCAUCAGUGGAGACGCGAGUGAUCGCUGUGUGUGUGUGUGUGUGUGUGUGUGCUUGUUGAACAGGCUCCGAUCGGUGUCGUGUCGUCUGUCUCCGUGCUCAAGGAAAUGGCGAGAGACCGGGAGAGGGAGAGAGGCGCGCGCCGGCUCCGCAGCGCAGGAAACCGGAGCUGAACGCACGCGCGCACGGGCGCCCUGUCGCUCCUCAAGCCGCCUCUGCUUUCUACUUUCAUCCCUCCGUUUUCUCUUUCCUUCUCUCACAACGACGCUCCAGCGAGCGGAUUCUACCACAGAGGAUUGUUUUGCUUACUUUUUUUUCCCUUUGCAUUUUUUCCCAAGUUUCUAUCUAUCUAUCUAUCUAUCUAUCUAUCUAUCUAUCUAUCUAUCUACACUCAUAUUUCCCCAAAAGUAAGAAAUAAAACACAAGGACGCGAGGAUGCAUGUUGGAUUAGUGCUGAUCCUCUUAACGGGAAUCUUUGUCAAAGCGAAGGCUAUCAAACCUGUUCUAGACCAAUGUGGGGGAAACAUCCGGAUCACCAGUGCCAACUACCUGACCUCGCCAGGCUACCCGGCCUCGUACCUGCCGUCGCAGAGGUGUGUGUGGGUGAUCACAGCUCCAGCACCACACCAGCGCAUUCUCAUCAACUUCAAUCCACACUUCGACCUGGAGGACCGCGAGUGCAAAUACGACUAUGUAGAAGUGAGGGAUGGCAUCGAUGAGAGCGGGCAACUGGUGGGCAAGUACUGCGGGAAGAUCGCUCCUUCUCCUGUAGUGUCCUCCGGAAACCAACUCUUCAUCAAAUUUGUGUCAGACUAUGAGACGCAUGGCGCUGGCUUCUCCAUCCGCUACGAGGUUUUCAAAUCAGGUCCUGAAUGCUCGAGAAACUUCACCUCGAAGAGCGGAUUCAUCAAGUCACCUGGUUUCCCCGAGAAGUACCCCAAUAACCUGGACUGCACGUUUAUGAUCUUCGCCCCCAAAAUGUCUGAAAUUAUCCUGGACUUUGAGAGCUUUGAGCUGGAGCCUGACACACAACCAGCCGUUGGGGUCUUCUGCCGGUAUGACCGUCUGGAGAUCUGGGACGGCUUCCCUGGAGUUGGCCCACACAUCGGCCGAUACUGCGGGCAGGACACUCCGGGUCGAAUUAUCUCCUACACCGGAAUAUUGUCCUUGACAAUCAACACGGACAGCGCUAUUGCUAAGGAGGGCUUCUCUGCUAACUUCACUGUUGUGGAGAGGACUGUGCCUGAGGACUUUGACUGCCUGGAGCCGUUGGGUAUAGAGUCCGGCGAGAUUCCUUCAGAGCAGAUCGAGGCCUCGUCGGAGUAUAAUCCCAACUGGGCUGCACAGCGUUCCAGACUCAAUAACUUUGAAAACGGCUGGACGCCAAUGGAAGACUCCAACAAAGAAUGGAUACAGGUCGAUCUGGGAUUCCUGCGCUUCGUCUCAGCCAUUGGCACUCAGGGCGCCAUCUCUCAGGAGACCAAUAAAAAGUACUUUGUGAAGUCCUACAAAGUGGAUGUGAGCUCCAACGGGGAAGAUUGGAUCACAUUGAAGGAAGGCUCCAAACAGAAGGUUUUCCUGGGCAACACCAACCCCACAGAUGUCGUGAAGACCUUGCUGCCCAAACUCACGCUGGCACGCUUCGUCCGGAUCCGGCCCUUCACGUGGGAGAUGGGCAUCGCUCUGCGCUUCGAAGUGUACGGCUGUAAGAUCUCAGAAUACCCAUGUUCAGGCAUGCUGGGAAUGGUCUCGGGCCUGAUCACCGAUGACCAGAUCACCGCUUCGUCACACACGGACCGCAGCUGGGUGCCAGAGAAUGCUCGGCUACUGACCAGCCGCUCAGGAUGGACUCUCCUGCCCCAGCCACAGCCGUACGUGGACGAAUGGCUCCAGGUGGACCUGGGUCAGGAGAAACUCGUACGUGGACUGAUCAUCCAGGGAGGAAAGCAGCGGGAGAACAAGGUCUUUGUGAAGAAGUUCCGUCUAGGCUAUAGCAACAACGGCUCUGACUGGAAGAUGGUGAUGGAGGCCAACAGCAACAAGUCAAAGCUUUUCGAGGGGAAUAUGAACUACGAUACGCCAGUAUUGAGGACAGUGGAGCCCAUCUUGACGCGUUUUAUUCGAGUUUAUCCAGACAGAGCUACACCAACAGGCAUGGGGUUGAGACUAGAGCUGCUAGGCUGUGAGUUUAAAGCACCGACAGUGCCACCCACCCUGCCCGUCCCCCCAACCACACCAUCCGACGAGUGUGACGAUGAGCAAGCCAACUGCCACAGUGGAACAGGUGAUGACUACGAACAGACAGGUGGCACUACUGUUCCCGAGACCACUACAGAGAUGAGCCCCAUGCCAGAUUUCUUGUGGUUAGCAUGUGACUUUGGCUGGGCGAACAACCCCUCGUUCUGUGGCUGGACAUCUGAGGUGGGGAGCUACAGGUGGCAGAUUCAGUCCAGUGGCACACCCACGUUAAACACCGGCCCCAACAUGGACCACACAGGUGGCUCUGGAAACUUCAUCUACACCCUAGCGACUGGAGCGCAGAAGAAAGAAGUGGCGCAGCUCGUCAGUCGGACUAUUUCGGGUCAGGACUCGGAUCUGUGCCUGUCCUUCUGGUAUCACAUGUUUGGCUCACACAUUGGCACUCUGCACAUCAAGCAGCGCCACGAGAGCGGCCGUGACACAGCCGACGUGCUGCUCUGGACCGUCAGCGGACAUCAGGGCAACCGCUGGAGGGAGGCCCGGGUGCUGAUCCCACAUUCAAGCAAACCCUACCAGGUGGUGAUAGAGAGUGUAGUGGAGGGACAGAGCUUGGGAGACAUCGCUGUGGACGACAUUAAAAUCCUGGAAAUCAACAUGGCGGACUGCAAAGACCCAGAUGUUCCUACAGAACCCAUGCCACCUGAAGACUUCAGUAAAUUCCCUGUGGACAUCACCAAUUUCCCCAAGAGCAGCAAAGAGAUCAGUGGAACAGGGAACAUGCUGAAUACACUGGACCCCAUCCUGAUUACCAUCAUCGCUAUGAGCGCACUGGGUGUCUUUCUGGGUGCCAUCUGCGGCGUGGUGCUGUACUGUGCCUGCUCACACGGCUCCAUGGCCGACAGGAACUUAUCCGCCCUGGAGAACUAUAACUUUGAGCUGGUGGAUGGCGUCAAGCUAAAGAAGGACAAGCUCAACUCACAGAAUUCAUACACAGAAGCAUGAAGCGCCAACCAAUUAGAGGACACCUCUCCUCAGGGAGGCGGGCUAAAAAAAUAAACAGACUGACGGCGCUCUCCCAUUGGAUGAGGACAAGGCUCUGAGGUUCUGAGAACCAAUGGGAGAACUGAGACUGAGCCGUGCUUUUCUCAGGAGCUGCAGUGAAUAGAACCUACCAGUAGGGGACACUGUGUACAAAAACAUUCAAUCUGUGGUCGAAGGAGAUGAAAAACAAACAAACAAAAAGAAUAUGUACAGAGGAUUUAGAUGAUUAUUUUAAUUUCUUUUUUUUAUUUUAUUGGUUUUAUUAUUUUUUAUUCCGUUGCUCAUUUUUACAGUCGGAUGCUGGUGUUGAGACCAAUAUAUGAAAAUGUUAUAUGUAUUUAUCUUUUUUUUUUCUUUGUCUGGGGGGGGGGACAGUUUUUUGUGUGUGUAUGUUUAAAGGAGAUGUGUAAAAAAAAAAAAUCAAAAAAUGAACCACGUCUGAUAACCCAUAAUGGGACACGUAUCUGAGGGUGUGGUUCACAGUCAGUGCCUUUGGUACAUCCUUUUUGGCCUCAUUUGUUGAUUUGUGAAUUUUUCUUUCAUCUCUUUAGUUCUGGAACAAAGACAAACACAAAAACAACGGAAGAAAAAGAAAAAAAAACAAAGAUACUGGUCACGUGACCCUGCAAACAUGACCCGGUUUAUUCAUUGCGCUUUAAUGUUGAGAGCCCACAUAUUGUACAUACAGUAAGUUUUAAUAUAUUUCAUUGCCCUUUUCAAAGAAAAUGAGUAAAAAAGGAUAAAAAAGAAGCUGCAGUAUCCCUUUUUUCUUUGGUGUUGUAAAUACAAUCGUCUGACUGUUUCGUGAAGGUGAAAACGUGUGCUAUUUCCGUCCUGUUUGGUUACUUUAUCACAUUUUCCAGAGAUGCAGCUAAUAUGUUAAAUGCUGGUAGUUCACACACACAAAAACAAAUAUACACACACACACACACACACAUACAGACACUCAUUCUCCAACAAGUUAAACACUCCAUGGAUCAUCAAUGAUCUCCAUUAGGGCUUACACACUGUGCUUACACUUCACCUGUAGAUCUCAUGGACAUUUACAAUUCACAUCUGUCCACGUGUGUUACGAUCAUCCUUAAGGCUUAAUAUCUCAAGCGGGGGGAAAAACAUAAAUCAGGUGUAGCCCAAUCUCUUUUUCUGUUUCUCUUUAUGUUUUAAAUGUCAGGAAAUAACAAAUCAGCAUCGCCAUCAUCGCUUCAACCAUUUCUCCUGCGUUUUAAAUCAUCCUCUCGCCUUGAAUGUACUUUGGUGUCAUCUGUCUUGUGUAAGACUCAUGAAUGGGAUGUGUUUCAGAACGGUCGUCCAUCGUAGCACGCAUCUCAUCGCUGGCCUUGUCUUCUGGAUUGCACUCAUCCUCCUUGUCCUCGCUGAUGUCACACAUGGUUGGUUGGUGUGACAAUGAUGCUAUGAUCACAUAAGCAUGACAUUUCCCUUGGGUAUGAUUUAAUACAGGAAGCAUCACUUUGCCCCUCGCGUCUGUACCAAAGGACUGUUGCUUCAAAUCACACAGGGCCGCAUACGCCACAUCAGCUCAGCUUUAGAUAAGGUACUGGACUUGAGAAAAGGAGAAGAGCAUAUGAAAGUCUUACUCAUAAUCAAAACCAUGAAAUGUUGACUCGUCUUUCAGCAUCAUAUAAAACCUGAGAACUUCAUAUCACAUAUAGUAUAAUUCAGAGCACGCCACCUUACUCUCUCUCUCUCUCUCUCUCUCUCGCUCUCUCUCACACACACACACACACACCUAAACUGACUCAUAUUUUAAAGGUUUCUUGGUAUGUUUCUGUGCUGUGCUGUGUUCUGUGGCAAACACGUUCUCUAUUCCUUUAUCUCCAGUAGUUUGCAAUGCCAUGACCCCGUUUCUCAAUGCUACGUGUGUGUUAGCUGAAGCUAAAGGCGGACUAGCUUCAGUAAGGUUCAAUGAAGAAAGCAUACUGUAGCAUCAAGAAGAAAAAAAAAGAAACAACGUUGCACUGAUAGAUAUAUUUAAAGAGGUUUAUGUGUUUAUAGCAUUCAUUUGUAAAAAACAAAAUCUUCAUGAAAAAAAGGACAGUGUUCAUUUUUUUUAUAGUUUCGGAAUAUGUAAAAUAAUUCUGAAAUAUAUGGUUAUUGAGAUGUUUUCAUUAUUGAAAAAAGGUAUACAAAUUUCCUAUAGUAAAGUUCCCAUUUACCUGACUGAUUAUCUUUGGUUUUGUAUCGUCAUUCAAAAUUUGUGCUAAUUUUUUUUUUUUUUUUUGUUCUUGUUGUUUGAUUUUUUAUUUUAAUUUUUUUUUUUUUACACAGGAAGAAGGGGAUAAACUUUUUAUUUUCAAUACUGAUUCUGUAAUUGCUGUUGUAGGAAGAAGAACCUGAAUAAAACAGCAAGGCCUUAAAAAACUGUCAAUCAAUGUUUUGUAUUUCAACAUUCUGCAUCAUGAAAAGAAAACCACCAAAUGUUUACUGUCUCUCAUCAACCUUAGCUCAACGUACAUUCCAAAGAUUCAGAUCCAAUAAAGGUUUUCCUAAGACA